AUGGAAGAGAGUUUGAAGUGUGAGCAAGUUGGUCUCAUCGAUGAGUUAAUUCUAGGGAAGGAGCUAGCAAAGAAGCUUUGUGACCAUCUACUCCCAUCAUCGUCCUCAACCUCCUCAUCUCAUGAAACAAAUGAAGUCUUAAUUGAGAAAAUAAUUUCCACCUAUGAGAAGGCAAUUGCCAUGCUGAAUUGUAAGGCUAAUGUAGGAGAAAGUAAGGCCAAGAAUGGCAGCAAGAGAGAUUCCCAUUGCUCGUUAACAAAUGGUAGCCCCAGAAGUGAGGUUAUGGAGCCUGAGUUUGAGCACAAAAAUGUCUCUAAGAAAAGGGGUGAAAAAGUCCAUGGUCUGAUUUCUGAUUUCAAUUUGGGGUUCUUUGAAAUGAUGGAAUUCAGAAAGACCAUGCCAAGGUGGACAGAGCAAGUGAAGUUGUGCUUGGGAACAGCUGAAGGAUCUCUGGAAGAUGGCUACAGCUGGAGAAAAUAUGGGCAGAAGGAUAUUCUUGGAGCUAAGUUUCCAAGGGGAUAUUACAGAUGCACAUAUAGAAACAUUCAAGGAUGUCUGGCCACUAAGCAAUUGCAAAAGUCAGAUGAAGACCCAAUGAUGUAUGAGAUAACCUACAUAGGAAGACACACGUGCACCCAAGUAAAUCACUUGAACAAGGCAGUGGUACCCCCAUCAAAAACCAAGAUGUGCAUUGGAGAAAACAAGCACCAAACCCAUCAAAAGAAUCAACCACAAGAAGAGAAAAUAGAGCAACCCCCAGAGACAAUUUUUUCCUUUGGAUCACCAGCUCUUGAAGUUAAAGUAGAGGGCUUGGACCACAUGGAGGACAUAUUCCCUUCAUUUUGCUUCUCUUCUCCAUCAAUAGGGUCUGAAAACGAGGACAACAACAACAUAUUCUCUUACACCAUGAUUGAGAACAACUUAAUGGAAAGCUUCAUAUCUCCACCAACUUCAGAAUCAAACAUGUUCUGUCACUGGGGGAGCACUGGACUAGGCCAAAGUGUGCAUAGCUCCCCGUCUGAUAUCACUGAUAUAGUUUCAACAUCAACUUCAGUCACCACUUCACCAAUAAUGGACCUUGAUUUCCUCCUUGAUAAGAUCGAUUUCGACAUAGGUUUCCCUAUAAACACCACAGAACUUUGCACUUGA